ACAUGGACAAUCCACGGACGAAUGUUACUGUCGAAGUAAAGUUGAUAUAGCGUACUCGCAAGUAAAAUCUUUGAUUUUGGUAGAACGAUCUUACGCGCGAAGCGUUCGUUGCGGACACAGAGUUAUCCGAGGUAACGCGUUUAUUUCGACGUCGAAGUGAGGCCUCACGAUGGGCGUGCCAAAAUUCUUCAGAUACAUAAGCGAGAGAUAUCCUUGUCUCAGCGAGGUCGUGAAGGAACACCAGAUACCGGAAUUUGAUUAUUUAUAUUUGGACAUGAACGGUAUUAUACAUACAUGUUCCCAUCCCAACGACGACGUCUGCUUCCGCAUCUCCGAGGAGAUGAUUUUUAAAAAUAUAUUUCAUUAUAUAGAGGUGCUAUUUAACAUGAUCCGCCCACAGAAAUUGUUUUUUAUGGCGAUCGAUGGCGUCGCGCCCAGAGCAAAAAUCAAUCAACAGAGGGGCCGACGUUUCAGAGCUGCUAAGGAUGCCGAGGUGCAAGAGGCUAAAGCCAAGGCCAAGGGUAUUCCAAUACCCAAAGAGAAGAGAUUCGACUCGAAUUGCAUAACUCCAGGAACACUUUUUAUGGCUAAAUUAGGCGAGCAGCUUAAAUGUUUUGUCGAACACAAAGUUUCUACAGAUGAUGCUUGGAAAAAAUGUAAAAUAUUAUUCAGUGGUUCUGAGGUCCCUGGAGAGGGAGAGCAUAAGAUUAUGGAUUACAUAAGGUACAUGAAGGCGAGCAAGGAUUACAACAGUAAUUCUAGCCAUUGUUUAUAUGGCUUGGAUGCAGAUUUAAUAAUGUUAGGCCUCUGUUCACACGAGCCGAAUUUCUCUCUUUUGAGAGAAGAAGUAAAGUUUGGCAAGCAACAAGUGAAAAUGACCCCCGAGGAGACAAAGUUCUGUCUUCUUCAUUUGUCACUUUUACGAGAGUACAUAGAACACGAGUUCUCGCCGAUCAAGGACAAACUGUCGUUUUUGUUUGAUAUUGAAAAAGUAAUUGACGACUGGGUUUUAAUGGGUUUUCUGGUAGGAAACGAUUUCAUUCCCCACCUGCCAAAUUUACAUAUUGCUAACGGUGCACUGCCAAUUCUGUACCGUGCAUAUAUGGAAGUAUUACCAACACUAGAGGGUUAUAUAAAUGAAGCAGGAACAUUAAACCUUGACCGUUUUGAAAAGUUUAUGGAGAGACUUAGCCGUUUAGAUGUAGAGCAGUUUAACGAGCAGUAUGCCGAUAUAAAGUUUUUUGAAAGUAAGACAGGUAGAAGGCCCAAUGAAUCUGAGCGUCAUAUAUAUAAGAAAACAGAAGACAACGAGAGUGCAUCUCCAAAGAAAACACAAAAUAAAGAUUUAGAUGCUCUUAUUAAAAGUACUAGGGAGAUGUCCUUAGGUAAUUUUGACGAUGAUGAUAUCUUUAUAGACUAUAGAAAUAUGGAUUUAAUAGUAGAUGAUGAAUCAGAUAGUGAGAUAUAUAACAUGGAAUUUGUACAACAUAAAAAAGAUUAUUAUAUGAACAAAUUAGAAUAUGAAAACGUCGAUGAAGAAGUUUUACGUUCACAGGCUGAAGGUUAUGUAAGAGCGAUACAGUGGAAUUUGCAUUAUUAUUAUCACGGCUGUUGCAGCUGGUCGUGGUAUUAUCCACAUCAUUACGCCCCAUAUAUCUCAGAUAUAAAAGACUUCAAGGAUUUGAAGUUAGAAUUUGACUUAGGAGAGCCGUUCUUACCUUUUCAGCAAUUGCUAGCUGUGUUACCAGCAUUUAGCAAAGAUUUAUUGCCAAUGGCAUUUCAGUCACUAUUGACAGAGGAAACUUCUCCGAUUAUUAAUUAUUAUCCGCAUAAUUUUAAAACUGAUUUAAAUGGAAAACGACAGGAAUGGGAAGCAGUUGUACUUAUCCCAUUCAUUGAUGAAAAACUAUUGUUGGCUGCUAUGCAGCCACAUUUAUCAAGAUUAACACUUGAAGAACAAGCAAGGAAUAAACACGGGCCAAUGUGUUUGUCCUCGUAUACCGACGAGAUCCAAAGUGUUCACAAGACAACAAUAUACUUUCCAGAAUUUACCAAUCAUGCUCAAGUAAAAUUAAUGAAUCGCGAAGAAAUUUUCGUUCCGAGAGAACAAUUAAUUAGAGGAUUAUCCCCUGGUUUUGAUCUCGACAUUUAUUAUCCAGGAUUUCCUAUACUACGGCAUUUGGACCAUACAGCGCAUUUGGAAAAAGCGAGGGUCAAAGUAUUUCAGCAACAUUCAGUCUUAGACAGUAUGAUUCUAACUAUAUUAUCAAAACCAACACCCAAUUUAACAACUUUAGCGUCAGAGCUAUUAGGAAAGAGCGUAUAUGUAGAAUGGCCUCAUUUGAAAGAGGUCCUUGUAGUUGGUGUAUCUGACUGUAACGUAAAAUUCAGUCUAAUCAACCAAUUAGAUGGUUACAGUCAUGAUAAUUUGAAGAAAGAAGAUGUGAAGGGCGCAUUAUCCGCAGAAUGGAACACAUUAUGCAAACAAGUUAAAGAAUUACAUAUGUCACGUCUUGGGAUAGAUAUUGGUGACACGAAUGUGUUGCUUUACGCUCGCGUGUUCCUGGGCAACAAAUAUGUUUUCGGUGUUCAAGGAAAAGUUACGAUCGAGAAACAGUGGAACGAUUACGCCGCAGCUUACGCUUAUCAGACGAUAGUCAAAGAUAUCUCCGUCUACAGUAAAAAAUUGCCAGUUUACGAAACUAUGCAUGAUAUUUUUAUACCAGGAACCUUUUGUUUCAUGUUGGGACAUCCCUAUUAUGGUGCGAUGGGAGAGAUAAUACACAAUAAAGAGGGUUGCAAGUCACGCAGAAUCAAAAUUUCUAUAAAAACUAUAAAGGAGCCAACAUUCGAUACCAUUAAACAAGCUUACGGGCAACAAAAAACGCGAUAUAUGCCUGGCAGUAUUGCUGCACAACGUCUUGGAAUAAAUAGUCAUCUUUUGAGUAGGGUCACUGGAACAAUUUAUGUUAUAGAAUCAUCAACGAUUGAAGUUACUAAACAUAAUCUUGGAUUGAAUUUAAAAUUCAAUAAAAGGAAUGAAGAGGUGCCUGGUUAUACCAGAAAGGAAAACAGUCAAUGGUUAUAUAGCACAAAAGCGAUCGAACUGAUUCGGAAUUAUAUGACGAAAUGUCCUAAUUUGUUCGAACGUUUAGCUCAGAAUGUAGCAAACGACAUUUUCCAAGAGGAAGAGUUAUUCACAAAGGGCUCGGAUGAAUUGAAGGAUACAGUUGCAUGGCUGAAAACGGAAUUGAAUGGUUUAGAAAGUCGUACUUGCGGGAUGGAUGUCGUUGAAGCGGACUUGGUAAAACAAAUCGAGGAGGAAAUAGAGAAAUACUUGAAGACUGAAAAGACCAUGGAAAAAACGGUCUUUCUGCAAGUGAAGCCGCAAUUACUUUAUAAACCGGGUUUACACUUGCGUAGCGUGCCGCCCGAUCCGAAUUCCCAAAAUCGUUUAUUCGAUAGAAUUCUCUGCGUCAGAAGCGGCUUUAGCGUACCGCUCGGAACUAAGGGUACUAUCAUUGGAGUACGAAACGGAAGCAACCCAAUUGAUACCAUGUACGACGUUUUGUUCGAUAAGCCUUUUAUCGGCGGACUCACGUUUAACGGUUGCUCUCAGUUUCGCGGUUAUCGUUUGUCGACUAUGGACUUCAUAAACAUUAGUUUCGGCGAAAGAACGGAGCAGGGAAAUGUAGCGAAUGAAUUUACGGAAAGCUGGAAACAAACUAUCAGUUCUGCUUCUCCCAAUAAGAAGAACGACCAAGCGUUGAAAGCAUAUCCGCAAAUGCAGCUCGCUAAGAAGGGACUCGAAAAAUUAAAUCGUGAUAUUUGUAUGCGUAUGGCGCAACACGGCAUGGAAUUGAAUCCGAAAACAACACCUCAAUCAUACAAAACAUUACCUCAGAACGCGCCCCCGCCGCCGCCGCCUAAUCAAACAUCCGAGUUUCAAGCACUGUGGAACGAAUUGCACAAGAUGCAGAAACCGAAUGGACCACCAGAGAAAGUGGCAUCUAGUUCUACGCUGAGAGUCAAGUCGUACAGCAACAAUCACAAUGUACAAUCGCCGCAAGAUCCUAGCGCAUUUUUGAAAGCUGUGCUAAAGAUUCCUGACGUAAAUCCGCAAACGAGCAAGCAAGAAAGUACGCCUCAACAAUCUACGCCGCAACAAUCUGUACCACAACAAUCUAUACCGCAACAGUCUAUGCCGCAACAGUCUAUGCCGCAACCGGCGGCGAUGCUUCAAAAAGCGACAGUCUCGCAGAAGGAUCAGAAUCCUCCACCUUUAGUACAACAGUUGUUCGAUCGCGCCCGACAAACAGAACAGAAAAAGGAGAAAGCAAAUGCAGUUUGGUACAGCACGCAAUUAUUAAAACAUUUCUCACAUAACGGAACUGGCAUGCCAAAAUAUAAUUAUGUUGUCGAUGAAAAAACGGAUUUAAUCAGCGCUCAUGUUAUGCUUAUGGACAAUAAGAUUUUUAAGAGCGAUCCUUGUACCACUCAUGAACAAGCUACAGAAAGUGCCGCGAAAAAAGCGUACAAGGCGUUAAAUUUGAAUAAGGCAUCAAUGCACGAUACGAAAGUAGCAAUGACACCUCAGUGGUUUAACACUCAACAAAACAAUUGGAUCCAAAAUAUCCGACCUCCUAUGAUGCCUCCAAUGGGCCAUCUGAAAAUACCGCCAGUCCCGCUGAAUAUGCCUAUGCAGCCUAACUUAUUUUAUCCAAAGUGGAACCCAAAAUUACCACCGACCCCAGCGUUUAUGCAACUCGCAUCGUAUAACCAAAGCAGGCAACUGCAAAUGAAACAUCAGAUGCAACAGAAUCAUCAACAACAGAAAGGUCCUCAGAAUGGAUCGAAGAUGGAAAUUAGAAAUAGCACCGCGUUCGUUCCGUUACAAGCUCAGAAAAAGAGCAGAAACGCCAGCGUACAACAAGCCUCGAAGGAGACGAAUCUGAAUGCUAAGAAGAGCUCCAGUCCUUCAAAAACGCAGCAGCAACCACAAAAACAGAAACAAGAGGAAACGUUGCCCAAGAAACAAAAACCGGAAGUUGUAAAUAAGGCUAGGGAGAAGAUAGCGUCAAACGAGCCGCAGCUACAACCGAAACAACAGCCACAGCUGCAGCAACAGUCACAGCAACAGCCGCAACAAAAUGCAGGGAAAUCGUCCAAGCCCAGGAAAUCACGUGUCGCCGCAAAAUUCGGCACACAACCCUUGUCGAACGGUGGCGACCCGCCUCAGUGAAAAACUGGUUUUUGGAUGGGGUAGAUCUUUGCAAAUUAUGUGUAAAUACAAGAUAAUUAUACCGAUCCAUCCUUUCCCGCCAUCGUUCAUUUUCUAUAUUUUAUAAUAAAAACAAGCAGAUCUUUCUCUCAAAAGAUUUCCAAUGGGCCAGUAUAUAUAUUUCAUUUCGAAAACUUUAUAUUGACGCACCCAAAAAUUUUUCGUACUUACAUACGAUCGCAUGUCAGUGCACCAAAUAAUACUAGAUCCUUUCAAGUCAAAUGUAUAUACACUGAACUACACAUAAUGUACAAUGUAAACAAAACAAGUGAGAAUGAUUAUUUUGUAUUGAAUGACUGUUUAUUUUGUAUCUUAUCAUGAC